CGGAAAAAAUCUGCCUGCACGGCUGAACACGCCUCCUUUAUGCGAACGCACAGCUACUCCAAUUAAGUUUAGUAGUAAAGUAAAUAAAAUUAAGUUUUCUCGACUCUUCUCUCCUCACGUCGCCUCCUCGACUCCGCCAGCAUUACAGGUGGGAGAGACUAAGACGCGGAGCGAGGAGGUACAAACUAAGAAAUGAAAAAGGCCGAAGGACUCGACCUUGUACAUGGGGAGCACACUGUAGCAGAGGUGUCUGAUGGAAUAACAAAGCUGAGUGUGAUCCUGGUCAAUCUGAUUAUUUUCCUCAUUAUGAUCAUCAUUUGUCUGGCUGUUAAAAUCACAAAGCGUCAUAGAGCUCAUGUUGAAGAACAGAAUCCAGUUUCAUUAUUAAAUGUUUGUAUAUCACUUCAAGUCAUUUGUUAGUUAAUGAUAAAUGUCUUCUUUUGGAAGCUACUGUGUGAGAAAUGAGUGACUGAAAACACUUUUAUUCAAUCACUGAGUCAGGGCUCAGAUGACCUGAACUAUGCAACAGUGACUUUUCAUCCAAAAACAACAAGGAACCACAAGCCUGCAUCAGAAGAAGGGGAGCCAAAUUCGGCCACCAGAUAGAGCGAGGAGACACCUGGACGGCAGCUUGAAGUGAAACUUGCUUUUUGUUAUUAAUACGCUGGUGUGUUUUAGUGUGGUUAGUGUUGGACCAACUUUGUGACAGAGAUUCAUACAAAAUAUUCAAUGUUCUUGUUAAUGCUGAUUUUUUAUUUCUUGCUGUGGGUCACACUUUUGACCGCCCUACAUGUCGAUCUGAGAGCAGAAGAAUAUGGUUGGUGUUUGAUAGAGGAGGAUCACUGAAGUUUAGCUCUCAUUUCAACCGUAGGGUAGGGUAUAAAAACUGACCUAAGUUCAGCAACACCUCAAGAGACGGCACAGUGCAGUUCAAACACUACUUAGUCAAAUUCAUGAGGCCUGCUGCAAAGCUCUGUAAGAGUAAAAGAAGCAGUGAACGGUGGUUUAAUGUUGUCUGUCAAGCAGACGAAGAAGAUCAGCCUCUAUAUAUGGAUACAUGGAAGCGUUUGAAAAACAUACAGUCCAUCCCUAAAUUAACGGUAUGUGUGAGGCAUCUGUGUCUGUAAGAGAAGUCUUGAACUCUAAAACUCACAGCCUCACAUUCACUCUACAGGCUGGACACGUUGAAGACACGACAGAUCACAGCAGCUACAGCAGAAGAGCCUGAUGGAACACAAAGCCUGACCUGUGUGAUCCUGGAUGCUCUGACCUCAUUAUUAAAAUCAGAAACUUCAGAUGGUGUUGACUCAGAUGACCUGAACUGUCCAGUGCUGAUUUUCCAUCCUACAACAGACAGCAUCAGGAGAACCCGCUGUACGGGAGCCCAGUGAUAUAGAGGGUCAUUGCAUUGAGACGAUCAUACGCACAAUGAUAAAUACCUUGAUACGAGCUUUGCUUCUCUGCAGCCUCUGCUGGAGGCAGGCUGCCUCAGCGUCUGAGUCUCAGACUGUGGAGGUCCGGCCUGGUGAAGAAGCUACACUGCUGUGCGCCAACAUAUCCAGAAGUACAACCCACACGUUCUGGUCCAGGCUCGUUAAUAGAACCAAGAUCAGCUGUAUCUCUUCUAUGUACGGGUCUAAUAGCAAAGCUUCAUCCUGUGAUGGAUUUCAAAAUGGAAAGUUUGAAAUGAGCGCCAACAUCUCCUCUGUCUUUCUUAAAAUCCAACACGUGGAUAUAUCAGACUCUGGGAUGUAUUUCUGUGGAUUCUACAUAGAUGGACACACUGAGAUUAAUGUAAAAUAUUUAAAUGUUAAAGGCAACAAUGAAACUCAUGAUGCUGUCAAUGAAAAGCCAGAUCUGACACGUUUGAUGAUGGGUGCUCUGAUUGUUUUUCUCAUAAUCGUCAUCAUUGGUCUGGUUGUUAAAAUCUGGAAACUUCAGACAGCUCAUGAUGAAGAACACGAAAAGAAUCCACGAAAGCUGAAUCUGUCAUCAGAUGACCUGAUCUACGCAGCACCCAGUUUCCAUCAGAAAUCAAAAAGAAACCGCAGGCCGGGGGCAGAGAGAGAGCUGGAGACAAAUGUGGUGUACACUGCCAUCAGACAGACUCAGGAAACAGCUGGAACUGCAACUCUGUGUGGAACUGAUGCUUAUCAUACAAACCUGUGCAUGUGGUUUGGUUCAACUAGUUUUUUGGAGGAGUUACCAUCACUUACUACCAUGUUUGUUGCCACCACCAAAAAUCAGAUUUUGUAGUAAAGAUACAUUCAGCCUUUUUGGUUAUGCUGCGUUUUAAUUCUCAUCCGUGUCUAAUUAAAUCUAGCUUAUUUUGUCGGCCUUGUCUGUUAACAGGAAGCACAGUGUGGUCUGAGCACAACUGAUAUGUGUUUGCAUGCAGUAGAGGGCGUGAAUACUAAGUAUUGAUACCCUGCGUUUUAGUUUCCAUUGUGGUGAUGAUCAGUAACAGCUAAAUGUUAAGACUCAACCACACGAAGGCCGGCUAUCAGCUCGCUGCAUUAUAACAGCACACAAUAAACACCUUCUUAGUAAAAUCCCUUAAAAUAUUCUUUAAACAAAGUGAUGUUUUCUGUUUUAAUCAGAGACCCAGUUACUUCAUUCAUCGUCACACAGUGGUCAACUUCUGUUUUAUCAUGCGUGAAAGAUGUCUGAUAAAUCAGAGGCCUCGAACGUGCAGACUUGCAGAAUCACACAUGUGAAACCACAAAGUCAGAUAACAGAUGAAUGUGAAAUUACUCCGAACCCUAAAUGAAAGUACGAACAUAUUUACAGUACAAUCUGAACAAGAAAGAGAAAGUGACAAGUGACAUCUUUUUUUGUUCCAUGCUGAAAUAAUGGGGACAAUUUAGGGCGGGAACAUUGUUUCUUUUUAUAAAGCGAGUCAGAUAAUACCAUUCAUUAAAUAUAACCACUAAUGGUUCUGAAAGUGAACAAACCAUAACUACUUAAUAGACUGAUAUAUUUUCCUGGACCUCACAACAUCUGGACCAAACAACUCUACAUCAGCACUCUAUAAACUCUGUGGAAUACAGUUUGUAAGGUGCUGGAUAGUCUCGUGUGUUACUGUUAUUAACACCACACUCAACAUGAACGCUCGUCAAGCCAGGAGAAAGGUUUGUGUUGUCAGCUUGUCGACCCCUGCUGGCCAUGAGUGGGAUCUGUAGAAUAAGAAAUGUUAAACUACAACCUUUUAAAUGAGACAGAAUUCCACCUAGAGAGAACCCAAAAAUCUGAAUGAAGGGAUCAAUGUUAAAAAAAAAAAACUUUAAUAUUUUUAAAUAUAUUUACAUAAAGGAGGAAAUCUAAUAUCUAUAAAUCAAUCAAUAAUAAGUUUUUUGUAUAUUUACCAACUUUUAUCAUAGAGUGAAAUGCUUUUAUCUGAGCUGCCUGUUUAUUUUAAUGUUUUUCUAAUUUUCUUAUUAUCUUGUCCCUCUUGUCUUUUAUCAUUCACUGCGGUUUUUAGU